AUGCUACCUCACCCUGGCAGUCCGACCUACAUCCCUGCUCUUCUGGGGCACUUACAAGCGGAGCUCGCCAGCGGGGGACAAGAAUGGGGGAUUGACCCUUCACUCUUCUCGACCUUGCUGCUCGCGCAAAUCGUAGGGCCAGAGCGAGGUGGAGUAAUCGUCGAUGUCCUCCCCAGCGAGACUGGCAGCACUAGCGCGGGCUUGAGCAAGGUCGUGAACUGUGUAGAGGGCCUGUCACGCUCCGUCUUUGGGCUCGAGACACACCAUCUCCACCUCGACCGACACUCUCAUCCCUCUGAGCUCCCAUCCUCCCUCUUUCUCGGCUCAUCAUUCGCCCCGCAUCGGCAUGCUCGAGCCGUAUCCACGUCCACCCGCGCCGGGCGGAGCAAUACCAUAUCGACCCCUUCAUCGAGAUACGCCUCUGCCCUACCCUCCCCUCGUCGGCCCAGAUCGUAUAUCGGAAGUCGUACCACCACACCAGGCGUGACUCCGGGUAUCACCCCCAAGAACAGUCUGCCGCUGCUGAACCCAUCCUUGACGCCAAAGGACGAGUAUGGGUUCGGCCCGGCGCUGGUCUCGCUGCGGGCGCAGUCAGAUCAGGCUCAAGAUGGACAGGAAGUCUUGGUGGACAGUCCAGGACCGGUGGAUGGGGAGGAUGCGGAGCGGAGGCUGCCGCAGUGCCUGAUCGUGUCCGGUCUGGAGAGGGCGGAGAGCGCGGUUUGGGGCAAGCUGGUGGAGACUCUCCUGAAGGGGCAUGUGGAGGACGGGGGUCCAGUAGGCGGUGCGAGAGAUCCAAGCUGUACGGGGGACAAGGCAGAAGUGUCAGAGAGCCGGCGAUGGGAUCUACCAGAGGGGUUCUGGGUGAUAUGGGUGCGGGAAGAGGAGAAGAGCGAGAAGUGCCCAUCAUGGCUGAUCGAUCAAUUCAGCUGCUCGGUCUGUGUACAUCCAGAUGACCUGGAGAUGCCGCUGCCCAUGCCAAAGCGGGACAUUAUCCCGUCCUCGUACAUCAACUCCGUCACCGCCCUGCUCCCAUACACUCACAUCCACCCUCCACUCUCCACGCACCUCUCGAACCUCCUCUCCGGCAUAUCCGCCCAUCCUCGACUUUCCUCAUCCAUCACCGGCCGCGCCGCCCUGCUCUUGCCCCAAUUUGUCAAGGCCCAUCGGCUCAUUUCUGCCCAGUUCGCACUACCUGCGGGAUGGGAAGAGGUCGUACAGACUCGGCGGGACGUACUCGCUACUUCUGCAGCAGCAGCCAAAGCGGGACUCGGCGCUGUCAGAGGGGCAGGAGGGGAAGUGAGAGUCAAAAAGCAGGAUGAGGGGUGGGUAGAUACGUGGGGUAUACUAGCGGGGGAAGAACCUACCCUGGCCGAUCUUGUCCUGUCAGAUGGAGACGGAGGGGAGUGGGAGGGGAUAGACUGUCAGCCUGGGAACGCCCAUGCGGUGUUUACGCUGGCGGUGCGCCAUAGGGUUGGAUGGAGGGAAGAGAGGAGGGAGGUGAUGUAUCUCCUGAAAGGGUCGGCAGUGGGUCGGACAGGGGACGGUGUAUCGGCGGGCGAUGGAGAGGGGAAGAUGAAGCAGAGGAAUAGGGAGAGGAGGAAACGGAGGGAGGUGGAUAUGAUGCUGGAGGAUAUCUUGGCGGUCGUGUGA